AUGCUUUUGAAAGAGAAUGGGGAUUUCGUUGUGAGAACAGAUCCAAAACUGGUAGAACAGAGAUCAUAUGUGUUGAGUGUGUUGGCAGAUAAACUGUUGGAUGAGAAUUCAUCGGUAUGGAAAAUUGACUGA